GCUGGAAGUUUUUCAAAAUUCAAUUUUUAUGAGAUCGAGAAAAGUCUCAAAUCAUCACUCACAAAAGCUCCAAAGCCUGUCAUCAAACCGGAACUUUAUAACAGUAUGGGAAUUUAUGGAAGUAAACGAGACUGGAAACUGAUAAAGCAGACAAAUCGAUUAACUAGUAGCCCUUUGAUAAAAAUUCCUUCAAUAAUCCAUGUGCAGCGGCCGAUUGGAAAAGAUGGUCCUUCGGAUAUUCAGCAACUUUGGAAAUUCGAAUUUGGUCCAUUUAACGAGACAAUUCAAGACAAUGAUGUGGAAGCAUUAGAAAACGAUAUUUGGAGAAUUCGAAACAUUUCUGCAUUUGCUCAACUUGACAGUCGCCUUCCAAACACCGAUUACUUUUUCUCAAUUAUUUUUAAAUGCUACCUGUCAGAAUUUUACAAUCAGCCGUUAUCCAAGUGCCCGAACGCGGAGAGCUGUGAAAUUCCACAAAAUGAAAACUACAAAUGCAUACACACAGACGCAAAAUAUGUUUCCAGUCCCAGUCUUGAGCCAUAUACCUAUCACUUCUACACUGAUGAAUUUCGGUCAAAAUACUAUGGAUGUUAUCAUUA